CGAACUACACAGAUUUCGCGGACGUUCAAAAGCGUGAUAGACCUGGACGCUGGUCGCCAUAUCAGCUCCAGGCUCGGCCAUGUCCUGGAGAGCGGGAUGAAGGCGAUGAGACGCUAACGGACGACCAGAAGUGUAGUCUCUUGCGGGCACUGUGGCGAAGCUACUCUCAAGCAAGUGGGAGUGACUCGAGACCUGCCACGACAAUGCUGACUGUCUCGUUCCCCAGCGCCAGUAGCUGGUGGGAUACGUACGAGGAGCAUGGGGCAGAGUGCUAUGACCUGUCCGCGUUAGACUCCCUGCUGGAUACUCUCCGCACGGAUCUCUUCUUCUUCCCCGUAGACGUCAGCGUCAGGAACCAGAUCUGCGAGAAUCUCGUCGAUUUACGCCUAGAGCUUCCCACGACGCGCACCUUUGGCACGCUCUUUCCUCACGUCGACACAAUCACCACCACCCCAAGAUCAGCUGCUCGGCCACGGAGCCUCUUUCCCAAGCUACGCAGCCUCUUCAUCACCAUCACCGACGCCACCGGUCCCGCAGGCAGCUGGGAGUACGCGAGCUACGAGUAUGGAUACAACGACAUGGACCUGUCGGCAGUCGAUGGGGACAUGGCAGACCCGUACUACUCGGGCUUCCCGCCAAGCAACCUGCAGCUCCGGGACGGGCGGAAUCGCGAUCACCAGCGGGAUUUGUGGCGGUUUGUAGCGAGCUGCCGGAGCAUCAAUGCGCUAUAUGUCGAGGCCACGCAGGCCCUGAGGCUAGACGAGCUGUGGGAGGUAGUCGACGAGGAGGAGCAGAAACGGGGCUUUCUGAGAGCAGAGCACGGGGAACACGACUGGACACGAUCGGGUCUGGCAACUCUCGGUCUAUGCAGGAUCGACACGAGCGUGCAGGCUUUGCUACGCAUGAUCCAGCCGAACUACAAAGCCGUUCAAGACGACACCAAGCAGAUCUCGCCCGUGCGGCGCAUCAAUCUCGAUCGCGUCAAGCUCGUCCCCGAUAACACCGUUUCCGACAAUCCUGGCGCGGAGAAGUGCGCAUGGGCCACGCUAUACAGCUUUCUGCAUCCCGAGCGCUGUCCGGCCCUGGACUUCCUGGGGAUUUGCUACCUGUCCUACUUCUCCACGCACCCGGACUUUACGUAUGCACACAGGCUCAGCGAGGACUGGGCUUCGAUGUGGACGACCAGCGACGAGGAUUGGGAUGCUCUAAGCGGGCUGUUCCAGGCUAACCCCCGUCUUGCCGUCCAAGGAUUGGCAGACAGAUGGUGUCUCGCAAGUGAAGUGCUCGAAGUCAGAGAUCUUUAAGCGUUGUCCUUGAGUAGAAAGGGGCUGAAUAUGUCAUUGUUGGAAAGAGAAGAGGAGACGACCUAUUAGCGGUUGCUCCUUACUGGUCCUUUCUGAAGAGACAAGAGAUCACCUUUUGUGAUAGAGGACUAAUACGCGUGGGGAUCUGGACCACCAGCUCAGCACAUGGUCUCGCCAGCCCGACAGCAAGCGAAUUUUGUGCGUCUUUUUUUUUUUUCGUAGAUUGAGGGUUGGUCGUCUUUUUCAGAUAUGUCGAAUCCGAGAAUGUGUUCUGCAAAGGAUGUGCCGU